AUGUCGGGGUCGAUGAUCAACAUAGAUACUAUAGAAGGGUCCACAGAGGUCCUUGAAAGAGACGGGGAUUUAACGUUCUGUGUUGUUACGAACGAUGGCUGCGAUCAAAACAACUAUCUUCUUGUUGGACUCAAGAUGGUUGUGAGCAGUCAGCUUCCACGUAUGCCGAAGGAAUAUAUUGUUCGUUUAAUAUUUGAUAAAAGACACCAAAAUUUAAUUGUUCUGCGUAAAAACCGUGUAAUCGGCGGAAUCACCUAUCGUAUGUUCAAAGAGCGCAACUUUGUGGAGAUUGUCUUUUGUACUGUUUCAACAGAUGAGCAAAUUAAUGGAUUCGGAACAAGACUCAUGAACCAUCUCAAAGACUAUCUGAAAACGCGUGUGCAGUACAUGCUCACAUAUGCUGAUGAAAAUGCCAAAGGCUUCUUUAAGAAGCAGGGCUUUUCUGAAACCAUUCUCUUAGAGCGCAAGCAAUGGAAAUACUACAUCAAAGAAUACGACAGCGCCACGCUGCGCUGUUGCCAGCUUUUCCCACAGGUGAAUUACCAGGAUGUCACGCAGAUCAUGGGGCGGCAGCGCGAGACGGUCUAUCGCGACAUCUGCGCUCGCUCUCACUUCCACCACAUUUACCACCUCCCAGACACGCCCAUCACAAAUCCUCUCGACAUCCCAGGGGUGCGGGAGGCUGGCUGGACAGAAGCGACGCUCGCUGAAAAGGAGAAAUCGCCGUCGGGUUUGCAGGAACGACUUGGGAAAGUCUUGGAGGACAUCUGGAACAAUCCGGACAGUUGGCCGUUCAAAGAGCCCGUCGCCGUGCAGGACGUUCCGGAUUAUCUGGAUAUUAUCGAGCACCCGAUGGUAGAUUUGCGGACGAUGAAGACCCGCCUGCAGCAAAAGUACUACAAGGACGAGAAAAUAUUCCUGGACGAUCUGCAGCUGAUUGUGAGCAACGCGAAGAAGUACAAUCAGAAGCCGACGUCCUACUAUAAAUGUGCGGAUAACAUCGAGAAACUGAUCAUUUCGCACUAUCGGAAGAUUCUAAACCAGUAG